CUGUUAUCUCUAGCCUGGUUAGAGUUGAUCGUUACUGUUCCCAGUUGAAAUCAUGAAGUGGCUAACCAAGAAAUCACCCAAGGAAGAUGCUAAUGCCAGUGCCCCCCCCAAGACCAUGGAAACAUCCAACGGCAACAUGGAAGAAGGUUCCGUGCUGACAAAGGAAAGUGACACGGAUACCACAAAAUCGGAUGCUUCACCUUCCCUGAUCAAGUCCUUGUUUCAUCGCAAGAGGAGCAGCGCUUCAAAAAAAGAACCAGGCCAAGCCAGCAAUGAUGAAGAAGAAAUAGUCAAGAGAUCAGAAGAUGGCGAUCCUGCUACCUCUCCUGAUGAGAACCAGAACAACAGUGAAAUAGUUUUUGAAGAACCCAAAAAUCCCUAUAGAUGGACCCAAUUCUGGGGUAGCAACCACAAUCAGCAGAAAUCCACCACAGACAUGGAAGAAUCGCAGGAAGAGGAGACUAUUGAAGUGCAAGUGGCUGCCGGUGAGACCUCUGUGCAAAUCUUUGAUAGUACCCAGUCAUUCCACAAAAUUCCCAGUUUCGGCACUGCCAAUAGACCGUCUCUUUACGAAGAAGCCAUGGAUAUGUUAACGGGAGCUAUUCUGAUCUACAUCUUUGCGGAUUUGAGAGAAAUGGCACGCAACGGUGUCAUUGAUGCUCCUGACCUCUUGCAGGACCCCACCACAGUGUCUCAGGUUAUGGCAGCCAUUACCGUACACAAGGAAGCCUUGACGGAACGAGCAUUUGACCAUGAAGAUUUUGGCCAACGCCUCACAAACUUGAGUGACAUUCAAAAGAAACUCCAAAAGAAACAACAAGAAAGCUGCGACAAUGAUACUCUGACCAAUAUGAUUCUACAAAUGCUGCAACAAGGACCCACAGAGGAACCGACGAAAGCCAUGACGCAAAUGCAAGAGUCGACAUUGGAAUGCUUUCAUGAUGAGACAUCCACCAAUGGAGUUGUGUAUGGAAUCGCCCUCAAUCGUUUUCGAAAGCGAGUCACCAUCUGUUUCAGAGGUUCGGUGACGAAUCAAGAUUUUGUGACGGAUUCCAAGUCCGCUCAGAAGUUCAUGGACAAUCCAACACGGCAAAUGGCAGGAGAUGAUGAAUCAGUACCCGACAAAAUUGGAAUCCACUCAGGGUUCUUUCAGUAUCUCUUCAGGAAGGAUGACCAAGGCAAAGAACGGCUCGAGCACAUUCUAAAUGAAGCCAAACGGUUGCUCCAAGCGAAUCCGGGGUACAGCUUGUAUUGCUGCGGGCACAGUCUCGGAGGAGCAUUGGCGUCCCUUUGCGGAUUUUUUGCCGCGUUGGACCAUGAAUUGCUUGGCAAUGGACCGGUUGUGGUCAUUAGUGUGGCUAGUCCCCAGGUGGGAAACAAGGCGUUCUGUGAGGCAUUUCACAUGUUGGAACGGUACAGGAGGCUUCAGUACCUUCGCGUGUCGAACACGGAGGAUGUGAUCACUCAUCUGCCGUUCCUGACACUCAAGGCAACGGCGUUUUCGCCCCUGCUGGCGGCAGUGUUUGGUCCUGGAAACCUUUACAAGCACUGCGGGCUACAGUUGGAGCUCAAAUCGGUGGAGGAAGAAAAUAAGGAGAAGACGGAACACUUCAAAAUGUGUCAUUCCAGAGGGACCACCGAUAUCGUUGACACGGUGUCGGAGGAGUUCAAACGGUCCAUUGCAGCGGCCAGGCUUCUCGUGAACAGCAUCAAACCUUUGACCAGCGGUGACAUUGACGCAAUAACCAAGUUUCAUAGUUGUGUUGAAUACGAGGCUCGGCUCAUGGCGUGCAAAGAGUACCUGUCAGGAGUCACUCUGGAUCAACUGUAUCAAGACGAAGCAGUUGUUGGCGCCUCACUGGCAAGGGAAAUUUGCGAAUGAUGGAAAUGAUCCGUUCUAUCUUUGCACAAGUAGCAAAUCCUUGGCUGAUGAUGCCAUUUUGUUGGAGGAAACAGACCGGUAUGUAGGUGUCAUACCAUGGUAUCUGGAGUUGGCUUGAAUAUCCACCGGUUCGAGCAGCUGUUGCCACAGUACCCGUACCUACGCAAGAUGGUGAAGAGGUAGGUACUAGUACUGUCAAAGUUUGUGUACCCAAGCGGGAUCUGCCCGCUGUCCACUCCAGCUGCAUGUACAUGUAGAAUCUUGGGGCACCGGAAUUGGUACAGCCAGGGCAGAGUCCUUUGCUGCGGCCUGUUUGCAACCAUUGGUAUGGUGUGUGGUCUGCCGUUGAAGCGGACUACACACAUCCCUCCGGGGACUUCGUAAUUCAUAUGCCCUCUGGGUCGUCUCCGUUUCCAGUACUAGUUUAACUCGUUUACUAAUACAGGAUUAUGGUGAAUAGAAUCGAAUGAAUCAUGUGGCUUAUAUUUAGGGUUUAGGUUUGGC